AGCCACUUCAGUCGGAUCGGACCACUCGGCGAGGAACGGCUGUGCUGUCGAAGGAUGACAAGAGGAGCCGUUGCGCGCGCGGUUAUCACGCUCGUUUCACUCUCGACUGACACAGCCGCUAUCGCCAAGCGCGUCUCGCGCUUAACGUAGCCGUGAGGUCCGUGCCCGCAAGCUCAAAUACCGCAGGCCAAAUCUCUCUCAAGCCAAGACUGUGCUCGGCCACACGGAUUCAUCUUGCUAGAUGGACCGCCUCGAUCUCGUGAUUCGAUUAACGAGCGACAACGGAGUGAGUUAGCCCACGCGAGUGUGCGUGUCGCUCUUCCUGUCUCAGAAUGCGUGAGUAGCCCAUGCUGUCGCUAUCGUACAACACUGCGUGCUUGGCUAUUGUAAAAUGUCAUCGACAUAUCCUCCUCUGUGACGUUUGCCUCGUGUGAAAAUUUCGCAUCGCUGCGCGACGUCGGCGCGCGGCUUCAUAUCGCGGAGGAUUAUCGCGCGCCGUUAUCACACGCAAACGCCAAUUUCAGUGAGAUCCGUGUAAUUUUCUCGUAUCGUCAAACUUCCUGCGUAUACGUGUGCACGUUAAGAUAAGAAGGAGUGUUUCCCGUAUUCGCGCUUAUAACGCGGUCAUUGUGCUCGGCCAGCCGAAAAAGACGAAUCAUGCAUUCGACUGCUUGCCUCUUGUGUCACUACUACAUAAGCGUAUUUCACUGACGACAUGGAGUGCGACACUUCCUUAUGAUUUGUGAUUAGAAGUAUAUCACAGCUCUCACACACACACGCGUAUCACGCAGAGAAGCGUAAUCACCAAGCAUUAGAAAUCCAUGUAUAGCAAAUAUGUAUUGACGUGUACUGCGACGUGUGGAAACCUUUUACGGUGACACCUGGUCUUGUGUCAUGCGGAACAGAUCGGUCACUUUCAUUUUUGUGUCCCUUGUCUUAUGGGCUGUGGUUACAUACUUCAUAUUUUUGGACCAACCAGUCAGCAAAGACCAGGAUAAGGAUAAACUGUCAAAUCAGAUUAGCAGAUUGGAAAAGAAAGUGAAGCAACAGAUCAUCAUAAAUCAGGAACUCCUUGAAGGACUCAACGAGAGUAAACGACGAAAAAAACAAUAUGAGAAAUCAAGCGCUGCCCAAUUGCCAAUAGAUGAGACAGAGAAAGACAAAUAUAACAAGAAUGAUAACAAUAAGAUUAAGAGUAUCUUGUUAAAAAAAAUAGAAGAUAGCAAUGCUAGGAAGCUAAAGCCAACGCAGGAUACUAUUUUACCUGAUGAGUCGGCACACGAUGUUGUCUCAGUGCAAAAGCUACCCGAUGGAUCUCCAAUAAUAGCUAUUUUGGUUGUUUCUUGUAAUCGUAUUACGGUAGAGCGGUGUUUAGAUCAAUUAGUAAAAUUAAGACCGAAUAAAGAACAGUUCCCGAUAGUUGUAUCGCAAGACUGUGAUCAUCGACAAACUGCAGACGUUAUAGCGAGAUAUGGAAACGAGCUGUUACAUAUAAAGCAACCUGAUCAAUCAGAUAUUGAAAUACCACCUAAGGAAAAGAAAUUUAGGGGAUACUUUAAGAUCGCUCGUCACUAUAGAUGGGCGUUAAACCAAGUAUUUAUAAAGCUUGGGUACAGUACCGCAAUUAUAGUUGAAGAUGACUUGGACAUUGCUCCAGACUUUUACGAGUACUUCCUGGGGACUUACCCCCUAUUAGUGAAUGAUAGCUCUCUAUGGUGUGUGUCCGCGUGGAACGACAAUGGCAAAGCCAGCUUGGUGGACGAGCACGCGCCACAUUUACUUUAUAGGACAGAUUUCUUCCCUGGUUUAGGUUGGAUGCUUACGCGUGAUUUAUGGAUGGAACUUGCACCAAAGUGGCCCAAAUCAUAUUGGGACGAUUGGGUGAGGCAACCGGAGCAACGCAAGAAUAGAGCUUGUAUCCGCCCGGAAAUAUCGCGAACUAGGACAUUCGGGAAACUUGGAGUCAGCAACGGCUUAUUCUUUGAGAAACACUUGAAAUAUAUCAAGCUGAAUGAACAAUUUGUGCCUUUCACCAAGAUGAAUCUAUCCUAUUUGCUAAAAGAUAAUUACGAUAUAGCUUUCGUCAAUGAUGUAUAUCAGUCGACGGUGGUUAGCUAUUCGGAAUUGAAGAACGGGAACAUAGUUGCUCCUGGUCCAGUACGGAUACCCUAUUAUACUCGUCAGUCAUUUAAGAAUACAAGCAAGCUGCUUGGCUUAAUGGAUGAUUUUAGGAGCGGUGUACCCAGAUCUGGAUAUCGUGGCGUGGUCACGUUUUUCUACAACGGACGACGCGUGCAUUUAGCACCGAGUGCAAACUGGAGCGGCUACGACAUCAAAUGGAGCUAACACACGAUUGUGCUCUUGAGAGACUUGUAGAUUCCACAAGUACGCAGUGCAUUUUUUCCUUUGAUGCAGGCUAGGUGAACAUAUUGUUUACAAACUGACGACAAUGUUCGUAUUUGUGUUAACGUCACAAGACCAUGUUCUUGGAGAUUCAGUGAUGUUACAUUCUUCGCCAAUUUCGAAAAAAAUGAGAUUACUCCCGUAAAAGCUAUUAACAUAUUCUUUAAUAGAUACGUAAUAAGUUUGUGAUAUAUAUAUAUAUAUAUAUAUAUAUAUAUAUAUACAUAUAUAAA